UUGUGAUUGGAGCAACAGCCACUCUUUACUUGCCUUUGGAGCCGUACAGUUGCUCGCUGAUUGUCUCCAGCAGAAGCUGUUGAUUUAACGAAUGGAACAUUGAUUUGACAUGACAUUUUAAAGCUCGGACCAAAAAAAAAAAAAAAAAAACCCAAACCGCUGGAUGAGUGGGCCAAGUUUUACCCCGCCUGCUGAGGUGGCUGAGAUAAACCGCAUCCAUUAUGAGCUGGAGUACACAGAGGGCAUCAGCCAGCGCAUGCGAAUUCCAGAGACCCUCAAGGUGGCGCCGGAGAGCAGAUCGGGGCCCGCUCUGCUUCAGCCACCUCUACCGGUUCACACAACUCUGAUGCAGGUUCCUGAAAGAAUUGUUGUUGCAAGUGACAAUGGAGAGUCGAGGUUUGUUCAACCAAGAGAUUUAGAUCUAAUUCAGUCAGUUCCAUCGGUGGACCUCCUGAACAUGAAGGCCCCGCCGCGUGUCCUCACCCUUACAGAACAGCCGCUGGACUCUCUGGAAACGGACCAAGCUGCCAACUCACAGAGUAAUCCCAGCCAAACUGCCAGUUAUAGCACCCGCUCUCGGAGGGAACGCAGUGCAAGUGAGAACAUACCAGGUCGUCAUGGCAGCCAUUGUAGCAGAGGGGAUGUAAGGUUCUUCCAACCUUCCCCCUGUGCUAGCGUAACGCCCUCCCCCUCCGCCCCCCCUCUCCGCCUCUGUCCUCCCCUCUGUUCUCCAGAAGAUGCAAACAUCAACCUGUAUACAGCUGCUGGGUUUCUGUCUUACGUUCAGUCAACGACACGCCGUGCUUACCAGCAGGUCCUCGAAAUCUUGGACGAUAGCCACCGGAGAACCCACUUGGACUUGGCUUUGGAUAUGAACCCUGACGAAUCUGGCUUAGUUGAUGCUUCAUCGCUGCGGCGUCAGAUUGUGAAGCUCAACAGACGUCUGCAGCUGCUGGAGGAAGAAAACAAAGAACGCUCCAAGCGAGAGGUGGCCCUGUACUCGACCACGGUGGCGUUCUGGCUCAUUAACUUGUGGAUCUGGUUACGUCGCUAAACCAGGAUACAGCCCGAAUCUCCAAAAACACUGGAAGUCAAAGUAAAUCCUUGUUCAGUCAGCAUAGGUCUCUUCUGGCAUUCCACAAUAAUUAAAAAAAAACAAAUGUUGUUUUUGUUUGGGUUUUUUUUUUUAUUACAGAUUUCAAUAUUAUCUCUGACUAGGUAACCCCUGAACCAAUAAAACCAGAAAGUGUUCCAAAUUUGGAAAACGUAAAGAGCUACAGAUGCUUUCUGGAUGUGCUAUGUACACUCAGUAUACAUCAUGUUCUUGCUAGUUUUUACCCACAAAAUGAAGGCCAGAAAAUGGUUGAUUUUAUUUUGUGAGCCACUGUUGUCAAAUGUAAAACUAGUUAUCUGACUGAGUUAAAAUAAUUUUACUGUGGCUAUUAAUGAAUAAUCCUGACACCAAACACUGAGACAAAGCUCACUACAAGUCAGUUAAAACGUUACAAAAACGGGUGAAAAUAAAAAAUAACAGUGGUGUUCAAUUGACAGCAACAACCACUUUGCAAAUAUUUAUAGUACUAAAUAUUUCAUAAUAUAAUUUAAAGGAAGAGUGUUCAUAAUAUCAAUUCCCAUUUUACACUCUAAUUAUUUUCAUCUAUUUGCAUAUUUUGGACAACAGUUUUUACCUUGGUUUGAGCAAAGUAACUUUUACACAUGUAGGGAGAUUUAAAGGCUUGAACAGAAAA